AUGGCUGAGCCGGACGACUCCCAGAAGGCAAAUGAGCCCGCCUAUCUUGACAUAGGUACUGAGUUGUCCCAAUAUUUCGAAGCUCAAUCUCAACCCCAAACUCGAAGUCGCAAGCGCAAGCGUGGACAGUCUCCAUCAGAAGAAAGCCACACUCAGCCCCUAAGAGAGGCCAUCCAGUUUGCAGAGAAGAUGCAAUCCAUCCGUUUCGACCCGCCGACACGACGGUACAUCUACUGGACGGAUGCAUCUGUUUAUCGCCGAUGCGCGGCUGGCGCAGUUGUGUGGCUUGCCUCCAUCAGGCCGGAAAAGUGGACGGAAAAAGGCUAUCCUUUCCCCAUUAUCACUGAUUGCUCGGAGCUCGUGGAGGUUUUCGCUAUUGCCACUGCCCUGGAAACUGCCGUGGCCCAUGUCACGAAGCCGAGUCGACUGUUUCAUGAUCGAUAUUUCAUGCAUGUGCAGUCCGCUAUUGAGCAUAUCCAAAAGCUGCGUGAGAUGGGUGCCCGUGUGGGGCUGCAUUUGGUUCCUGGGCACAACGGCGUGGCAGGAAACGAGAGGGCCCAUAACAUGGCCAAGAAAACCGCCCGGAAGCUCGCAUCCCGUCAAAUCCCAAAAUACAUCUACAUUCCAGUUCCUAUACCCGGUCGUCCCACAGGGACCACACCCUCCGUGUCAUGCUCCAAAGUGUCAGAGCCGGAACCCACUCAAGCCCCAGCUCCAAGCUCAACGUCUAGCUCAUCCAGUGUGCCCCGGCAGUUCGAAUUUGCUGGAGUCACCUGGACUGUGACUGGGUGA